AUGGAAACGUUCAAGAAGGCUUUAAAAGACUACUUUGUAUUUGAGGGAAAGGAUGUGUUAUAUAUUAAAAAUGAAAAGCAUAGGCUGAGGGAAGCAUGUGCUGCUGAGGAUUGUCCAUGGCUGAUUUUCACAUAUUGGAAUAGUGCUAGUAGGUGUUUCCAGGUGAAAACUUUGAUAGAUGAGCACACCUGUGCCAGAGACUAUGGCAGCAACAUGGCAGAUAGGGGCUGGGUAGCAUCGAAGCUCAUUAAGAGACUACUAAUCCAUCCUGAUUUGAAACCAAGGCAGGCAAUAGAUCACAUGAUUGAGGAGUAUAAUGUGCAACUUAACUAUAGAAUGAUUGCGAGGGCCUUGAAAGUAGCUAGAGAGAUGGUCAUUGGUAAUGCAUGGGCACAGUAUGGAAAGGUUAGAGACUACUUGAGUGAGAUUCAUCAGAGUAAUCCCAGGUCCACAGCAUUGAUGGAGAUAAUACCACAACCUGAAGCCCUCCCAUUAUUUGAUAGGUUAUACAUUAGCUUAAACGCUUCCAAUAAGAGUUUCAUUCAGAGUUGUAGGCCAUUAAUUGGCCGAGAUGGCUAUUUUUUGAAAGGGUAUUAUGGCAGACAAUUACUGAGUGCAGUGGGCCAAGACGCAAACAACAAUUUUUUUGUCAUAGCAUACGAUGUUGUCCCUAAUGAAUGUAAGGACACCUGGAAGUGGUUCCUAACGCUGUUGCAGGAUGAUUUGGGGUUGGUGACACAACAUGGAUGGAAUUUUAUAAGUGAUCAGCAGAAGGGGCUAGAGUUAGCUAUCAAGAAAGUAAUGCCUAAUGCACACCAUCGCAAUUGUGUGCUACAUAUUUGGAAAAACUUUAUCAAGCAUUUUAAAGACCAGCAAACAAAGCAAAUGGUAUGGGAAGCAGCAAGAUGCACAACAUUCCAGGAAUUCAAUGCAUGCAUGGAGAAAAUGAAGAAAAUCAAUCUUGGUGCAUGGGAGUAUUUACAGCGAUUUGACCCGGCUUUGUGGACUAAAGCAUAUUUCAGUCAUGGGCCGAAGGUGGAUAAUAUAACCAACAACAUGUGCGAGGUGUGGAACGCGAAGAUCAUAGAGUAUCGGGGAAAGCCCAUAUUAACGAUGUGUGAAGACUUGAGAUGCUAUUUAAUGAGAAAAAUGGCAACACAUAAGAAGAAGCUUGAGAGUUAUAGCGGUCAAUUGGCACCAGUACAGCAGAAGAAACUUUAG